GGGAGGGGCCAUAUGGGCGUUGGGCGGAGCCUGGGAGAUCCCGGGGCUUUGGGUGGACGCGCUGGUCCCACCUGGAAGCUGUCGUCAUGGUGGCUCCCGUGGUGUACCUGGUAGCUGCAGCUCUCCUUGUUGGCCUUAUCCUCUUCUUGACUCGCAGACGAGGCUGGGUGGCAGCAGGACCAUAUGCAGCCCAGGAGGAAGAAGACAUCGAGAAGCCAGUGGAAACUCACCUCUCAGGGAAAAUUGGAGCCAAGAAACUACGGAAGCUGGAGGAGAAACAAGCACGAAAAGCCCAGCGCGAGGCAGAGGAGGCUGAGCGUGAGGAGCGGAAACGCCUUGAGUCCCAGCGUGAGGCAGAGUGGAAGAAGGAGGAGGAACGGCUUCGCCUAGAGGAGGAACAGAAGGAGGAGGAGGAGAGGAAGGCCCGGGAGGAGCAGGCCCAGCGGGAGCAUGAGGAGUACCUGAAACUGAAGGAGGCCUUCGUGGUGGAGGAGGAGGGCGUGGGCGAGGCCAUGACUGAGGAACAGUCCCAAAGCUUCCUGAUAGAGUUCAUCAACUACAUUAAGCAGUCCAAGGUUGUGCUCUUGGAAGACCUGGCUUCCCAGGUGGGCUUACGGACUCAGGACACCAUCAAUCGCAUCCAGGACCUACUGGCUGAGGGGACUCUGACAGGUGUGAUUGACGACCGGGGCAAGUUCAUCUACAUAACCCCAGAGGAACUGGCUGCUGUGGCUAACUUCAUUCGACAGCGAGGCCGGGUGUCCAUCGCCGAGCUUGCCCAGGCCAGCAACUCCCUCAUCACCUGGGGCCAGGAGCCCCCUGCCCAGGCCCCAGCCUGACCUAGCCCUUCCGUGUUGGACUCAGCUGGCACAGCCUACCUGACCAUACAUCUUUAUCCCUCCCCACCAUCCUGGGGCAGUGAUGGCGUGUGGCCAGGCUGUUAGAGAUUAAAGGCCUGUGAGCACUGCUGA